GAUAGCUAUUACUACUACUACUACAAGCUCCUCAGCAAGACCCAUGCGGAAGCCUGUCAACUGAUACCAUUUUUCCAUUAUAACUCCUAAAAAAAGCAGUAUAAAGUUAAAUAGUGAGAAAUUAAGUGAAUAACCUGCCACUUUUGAUUAAUACCGAGCAAUGGGCAAGAGAAAGAUGGCAGCUUUGGAGGGCGACGGCGAGGAGGACGACGCCCCAGCGACCCACCGUCAGUUCACUGCGGGGCAUCUCAAGAACCAGGAAAAGAGGCUGAUCGUCGUCCUGGAGAGGGCCAAUCUGGAAAGCGUCAAGCAUGGGAAAGGCUAUGAACUCCUCAAUUGUGACGACCACAUGGGGCUAAUGAAGAAGUUCAAGAAGAACCCAUCAGAUUAUCGACCAGACAUUCUACAUCAGUGUCUCCUGAUGCUUCAAGACUCUCCGUUGAACCAAGCUGGCAAACUGCAGGUGUACAUCCACACAGAAAAGAAUGUUCUUAUCGAGGUACAUCCACAGUGUAGAAUUCCCAGGACUUUCAAGAGAUUUGCAGGUUUGAUGGUUCAGCUCCUUCACAAAAUGAGUGUUCGUGCAAAUGACGGGAACAUCAAGCUCUUAAAAGCCAUCAGAAAUCCCAUAACUGAUCAUCUUCCAGUUGGGUGUAGCAAAAUUGGGACAUCUUUCUCUGCCACUGAAUUGAUCAAUCCUCGGGAACUCGUGCCCACCGACGAACCAAUUGUUAUCGUUAUUGGAGCAAUGGCUCAUGGGAAGGUUGAAGUUGAUUAUGUAGAAAAAGAAGUUUCAUUUUCCCAGUAUCAUCUGUCAGCUGCUCUUACGUGCGCUAAAGUCUGUUCCGGCUUUGAAGAAGUGUGGGGGAUAAAGUAAUUGGUAAAGUAUAAUCUAAUGAAUGUUAGACUUAACGCUAGUAUAAAUUAUAUUUUAUAUAUUAGAUA